CGAUGACAGCAAUACAGACCGCCAUCUUGGAAUUAUGUCUGCUGUGCCUGCCAAGACGUAUCACGUGACUGUGUGAUAGAUAAAGACAACCUACACACCCCAGGAGAUAGUAGGAGGGAUCUCAAAGGAUAAAAUUCUAUUACCACAGGUACUGAAGAAGAAGGGUUACGUCAACAAGAUCAUCGGCAAGUGGCAUCUUGGUCACAGAGCUCAUCGCCUACCUCUGGAGCACGGUUUUGAUGAAUGGUUUGGUGCUCCAAACUGCCACUUCGGUCCCUACAACAGCAGCGACAGGCCUAAUGUCCCGGUCUACAACAACUCUCAGAUGGUGGGAAGGAGGGCCUUGACGUCAUAUUUCACCAAAACAUGGCCCAGUGGCCAUUUCUUCUCUACCGGGCAGCAGACGCUACGCACGCUUCAAAACGGUUCCUGGGGAAGAGCCAGAGGGGGCGGUACAGUACGGUGAUUCAGUGAUGGAGCUGGACUACGUUGUUGGGCAGAUCCUGGCCUGGCUGCGUGCUCUGGGCAUCGAAAAGGACACCUUUGUGUUCUUCACCUCAGACAACGGGGCCGCAGUGAUGUCCGGCCCCAAGCAAAGUGGCAGUAACGGCCCGUUUCUCUGUGGGAAAGAAACUACAUUUGAAGGGGGCAUGAGGGAACCUGCCGUCACCUGGUGGCCUGAACACAUCCCAGCAGGCACGGUGAGCCAGCAGCUGGGGACUGUGGUGGAUCUGUUCAGCACCAGUCUGUCUGUGGCUGGCUUCAGCGUUCCAGACGACAGUCUCAUAGAUGGACUGGACCUCAGCCCUGUCCUCCAUAACAACACACUCAUCAACAGGCCCAUCUUCUAUUACCGCGGCAAUGAGAUGAUGGCAGUCAGGGUUGGGCCUUACAAGGCCCACUAUUGGACGUGGAGCAACUCGUGGGAGGAGUUUAACCAAGGCAUUAACUUCUGUCCAGGUCAAGAGGUGGCAGGCGUGACCACCCACACCCAACAGGAGCACACAAUGCAGCCACUCAUCUUCCACCUGGGGCGGGGCCCCUGGGAGAAAUACCCUAUCAGUGCUGUGACUAAGGAGUACCAGGAUGCACUGAGUCGGAUCACAGCAGUGGUGGAGAAGCAUAAGAAGGGUCUGGUACCAGGUGUGCCCCAGCUCAAUAUGUGUGACAUGGCUGUCAUGAACUGAGCACCUCCAGGAUGUGAAAGGUUAGGAAAAUGCUUUAAAGCCCCCAAGUCACAGCCGUGGAAGUGUGACUGGCCGCAUUAGCUAUCUGUUUCAGCGCCACCCUGGAAAAAGGGAGGAUGUCAGCGAAGAUGCUGCCUUGAUGAAGAGACAUUUUCAGGAAUUCAACUUGAAUUUCUAUUAGUUUUUAACUUGUAAUGUUGAAACAGAACAACAUAUGGUUUGAAUGGAGGACGUUAAAAUGGGAUGAAUGCUUUCUGGGUACCAUAUGAUUAUUAAUUGAAUGAAGCUGAUUUGCAAUAGCUUUUUUUUAAUGAUGCCAUCUCUGUAGAUGUUUUCUCUCUCUUUACUUACUUAUACACUACUGUGGAAGACAUUGAAAUAGGGCAACAACAACAAACUGUUUUAACUAGAAUAAAACAAUGUUUCAUUUUUAUGCAACGUUGUUUUUCAAAAUGUUCUUAAUCUUAACAGAUGUUUUCUAGUGGGCGGCAGAUUGAAGAUUUCUGCGUCAAUCGAUGGGUCGUCACUUGCUUCCACUGUCACAAAGUCAUAUCAAUAAUAAUUUAUUAAACUUCGAGCGCUUUUUAUAAUAGAAAUCGCUUCGUAAACAACGCGUCGUAAACAAAAAACAAACAAAUAAACAAGCAAUAUAUCAUGACAGAUCAACCAAAAGAGGCCAAGUGUUUGCUUCAUGCUUUGCAGAUGGAGAGGGUCAUCAGUUCGUGGCUUGAGCGGAGGGAACUGGUCAGACGAUGGUAAAUGAUGGUGAUGAAGUCUGCUGAUGAUCUUGUACAGGGCAAGUCUGAACCAGCCCGAGUUUUAUAGCCACUGGAAUUCUCUUCCACUCUGUGAAGCAUCUACUUGGGAUCGGCAUUCCUCUCACUAUUAUGAGAGGACAAUUAUAUUAUAGCUAAAUCCCGCCUAUUUCU